CAGCUGUCAGCUCAGUCCCAAUUUGAGGAACUGUACCAAAAAUUGAAACACCGUCUACAACCGAAACGAAUGACACGACCUGAUGCAAUCACUCCGAGAGAACGUUUGUCGUAUACGUUAGAAUAUUUGGCAGGUGGGCCACGUUGUGAAAGAUACCUAGCCAGUACCUAUAGCAUCAGCCAAGCUGCGAGCACUGUUAUAUUGCGCGAGACAUGUCAAAUAAUUUAUGAAGAAUUGGCCGCUACUGAAUUUAUGAUUUUCACAAAGGAAAAUUGGUUAGACGUGUCUAGCAAAUUUUACGAAAAAUGGAAUAUGCCCAAUUGUGUUGGAGCGGUAGACGGAAAACAUGUGCGCAUACGAUGCCCAGCAAACGCUGGCUCGUUGUACUUUAACUACAAGCGCUACCAUAGCGUUAUCCUAAUGGCGGCAUGUGAUGCCGAAUACAGAUUCACAUUCGUCGAUGUGGGGUCCCCUGGGCAGAGCGAUGGAGAUAUGAAUGUAUUUUCACGAUCCACACUGGGCAGAGACAUUUUUGAAAACAGCCAAAAUCUAAAUUUGCCUGAAGACUGCAAUAUAAAUGGCGAAAAAAUGCCGUUCUUUUUUGUUGCUGAUGACGCGUUUCCAUUAUCACCACGCAUAAUGAAACCGUACGGUGGCACACUCAAAGACGACGAAAGGAUUUUCAACUAUCGUCUCAGUUGCGCCAGACGAACUAUUGAAAAUGCCUUUGGUAUAAUGACGAUGCGUUGGAGUUGUUUAACAUCGGAAUUUCUGUGUCAACCGGAUAAAGUAAAAGUAAUUGUUGGUGCUUGCUGUGCACUGCAUAACUUUUUGGCUAAACGAAGUCCAACGUAUGUACAAGUUGCAGAUCGUUACGAUAAUCAUGGUAAUUUGAUCGAAGGUGAAUGGCGACGGACGCAAGGAAUGGGUCAAAUUAAUCUAGUGAGAAGAGGUCGUCCAUCCACUGCGGGAAACACGAUUCGAGACCGACUUAAACAUUUCUUCAAUAAUAUAAACAUUUUAUCGUAUCAAUUUGAUCGAUUACAUUUUGCUCCAAACCACAAUUCAAAUGCUCAGUCAACAAAUUAAAUCAA